CGGCCCUCUAGGGCGUCACUUCCGCUGCGCAACCUGGUUAAACGAGCGUGGCGGUAGAGGGGCAUCGCGUGGAGGUUGCGGCGCGUGGAUAAUAGGGUGUGAGGGACUCCGGAUCGGCGUCUCGGGAUUUGGCUUUCUAUAGUGGCCUCAGCUCCAGCUCCACCUAUGUGGACCGCGGAUGAGAUCGCUCAGCUGUGCUAUGCACACUAUAACGUCAGACUGCCCAAGCAGGGGAAGCCUGAGCCAAAUCGUGAGUGGACCUUGCUGGCAGCUGUGGUGAAGAUUCAGGCUUCAGCUAACCAAGCUUGUGACAUCCCUGAGAAGGAAGUGCAAGUGACAAAGGAAGUUGUCUCAAUGGGAACAGGAACAAAAUGCAUAGGCCAGUCCAAGAUGCGAGAGAGCGGGGACAUCCUCAAUGACAGCCAUGCUGAGAUCAUAGCCAGAAGGAGUUUCCAGAGAUACCUUCUCCAUCAGCUCCAUUUGGCAGCCGUCCUGAAAGAGGAUAGCAUCUUUGUUCCAGGGACCCAAAGAGGACUGUGGAGGCUCAGACCUGACCUGUCGUUUGUGUUUUUCUCUAGCCACACACCCUGUGGGGAUGCCUCCAUCAUCCCGAUGCUCGAGUUUGAAGAACAGCCUUGCUGUCCUGUCAUCAGAAGUUGGGCCAACAACUCACCUGUACAAGAGACUGAGAAUCUAGAGGAUUCUAAAGAUAAAAGGAACUGUGAAGAUCCCGCCAGUCCUGUAGCCAAGAAGAUGAGGCUGGGAACACCUGCCAGGUCACUCUCCAAUUGUGUAGCUCACCAUGGGACCCAGGAAAGUGGUCCAGUCAAACCAGAUGUCAGCAGCUCUGAUCUCACCAAGGAGGAACCAGAUGCUGCCAAUGGAAUAGCUUCAGGUAGCUUCAGAGUGGUGGAUGUGUACAGGACGGGAGCCAAGUGUGUUCCUGGAGAAACUGGAGACUUGAGAGAGCCAGGUGCUGCCUACCACCAGGUGGGGCUACUUCGUGUAAAACCUGGCAGGGGAGACAGGACAUGCUCCAUGUCCUGCAGUGACAAGAUGGCAAGGUGGAAUGUCCUCGGAUGCCAGGGCGCACUGCUGAUGCACUUCCUGGAGAAGCCUAUCUACCUGUCAGCUGUGGUCAUCGGGAAGUGCCCGUACAGCCAGGAAGCCAUGAGGAGAGCAUUGACUGGCAGAUCCCGAAUCAGCAAGGUGGAACUCUUUAGAUCAUUCCAGAAGCUGCUGAGCAGCAUUGCAGAUGACGAGCAGCCAGACUCCAUCAGGGUAACGAAGAAGCUGGACACCUAUCAGGAGUACAAGGAUGCUGCGUCCGCCUACCAGGAAGCCUGGGGUGCCCUCCGCAGGAUACAGCCGUUUGCGUCCUGGAUCAGAAACCCACCCGACUACCACCAAUUUAAAUGAACUCUUGCUGGUAUCAGGACCCUUCGUAUCGGUCUGCCUCUCCCUUCAUGCUGAACGAACCUCUGCUUUUCUGGUGGUUAAAUCCCAGGAGAAUGAGCUGCCUUCUCCCAGAGCGCUCGCUGCACCUCUCUGGUGUCAUAAAUGGACCGCAGAACCUCAGCAAUCUAUACUUGACUGGAGCAGCUCCGUGCUAAAAUAGCCUCUCAGUAAUGCUCUUGAUGGCUGCCUUCAAUUGUGUUUUAUUGGUUCUUUAAAAUACAGCAUCAGAUGCUUUUAAAGUAGCCUGCAGCAGCUCUGGUGUAGAUCUCCUUACAUUGAUUCAGCAAGGACGCAUUGGGCUGAAAUCAUCUUAGGGUGCUGGAAGCUUUAUAGCCUCUCCCGGACUCAUGAAAACCAUGUAUUUCCUGUUUGCAGCCUUCCUUUGUAACCAUCAUCACUUCCCAGUCCUCAGCAACUAGACAUGGUUGGAGUUAGCUUUACCAUCAGGCUCAGCACAGGACUAGCCUCGGAAAGCUCUGUUCUCAGACUUACCAAGAAAGGUUGGUUGGUUUGGGUUUGGGUUUGGGUUUUGGUUUUGAGACAGUCUCACUUUGAAGCCACCAUCAUUCCCCACCCCUCUUUCUCUUUCUCUCCUUUCCCUUUCCCCCUUCCCCUCCCCCUCCCUUCUACCUUUUGCUUGAGACCGGAUCCCUCUCUCUAUAGCCCAGCCUGGCCUUGAACUCAACAUGAAGCCAAGGGUGACCUUGAACUCUGAUCUUCCCACCUCUGCCUCUAAGUGUCACCUCAAACUUUGCUUCCUGGAUUCUCUUCUGAGCAAUGUCAUGAGGUCCACUAUAGUCUUGUAACUGCCAGUAGCCACCGUCUUUUCCUACCACACAGAGACAGCCAGCCAAGAAUGAAGGCUCCAGCCUGCACAAAACCACAUGAGGCAAAUGCCUGGUUUGAUUGUCUUUAGUGUCUUUAUCUGUGUGGGCCACACUGUCGAGGUGUGUGUGUGUGGGCCACACUGUCACGGUGGGGGGGGGGGCACACUGUCACGGUGUGUGUGUGGCAGUAAGCAGCUGUAUCAGCUGAGCAAUCUUACCAGGUUCCUGUUCUGACUAAAUUGUUUUCUUUUUAACUCAGUUCCCAAAUGCCUUAAUUUCCUACAACAAAUCAGCAAACGACGUAGCAGCUAACCCUGUUUAACUGUCACCUAGGAGAGAGCACUCAGCUUAUUCCCACCUGGAAGCAGAAGCUCUGCUUGCUACUCAAUGUCACUGUGGUUUAUAGUGUUUUGUUUUGUUUUGCUUUGCUUUGCUUUGCUUUGCUUUGUUUUUCCACACAGGGUUUCUCUGUGUAGCUCUGGCUAUCCUGGAACUCACUUUGUAGACCGGGCUGGCCUCAAAUGCAGAGAUCUGCCUGCCUCUGCCUCCUGAGUGCUGAGAUUAAAGUUGUGUGCCACCAUGCAGUGUUCUUUUAUGAGAUUUUUAUAUUAUAAAGACUUGAAUUAAAUGUGAAGUAGUAACAUUUUUUAAUUACUUAUUUCACAUCCUGACUGCACUUUCCCCUCCCCUCUCCUCCUAGUCCUUCCUCCCCCACCUCACCUUCCCCUACCCCCAUCCACUCCUCCAUUUCUCUUCAGAAAAGGGCAGGCCUCCAGUGGAUAUCAACCAACCAUGGCCUAGCAAGUUGCAGUAAGACUAGACAAGGCAACCCAAACCCAGUAGGAAGAAAGGGUCUCAAAGAGUAAUAUAUUUUUACUCCUAAAGUUAUAAUCUGUCAAGUUUACUCACACCCUUAGUCACUGGCAUCUGGGUAGAAAACACUGAAGGCUAACCACUAAAGGCAACUUCCCUUGAGCUUCACUUACUGUCUCAAAGCGCUAAAGGUGGUAUUUAAACAUCCAACAGCCUGCAUCCUAGUUUAUGCUCUUAAAACCCAAGUUUACACUGGGGGGUUGGGGUGCAUGCCUCUAAUGCCAACACUUGGAGUUCCAUGUCAGCCAAAGCUGUCUGUCAGAGACAGAGAAACCCUGUCUCAUAAAGCCCCAAAAAAGAAAAGUUUAGAAUUGUAUGUAUGCCUUAACAUCACAUCUCUGUAAUCCUGGCAAGUGCUUGCUUGCUUGCUUGCUUGGUCUCAGACUGUGUCUUCUGAAACCUAGGCUGCCCUGGAACUCCUUAUCUUCCUAAAAUCCCAAGCCAGAAAGCAGCCCUCUCCAUAAGUUAUCCCACGUAUCCUGUUUAUCCUCAGUCAGGCAACAUUGUCCAGUGUGAGCCUUGGGCCAAACCCAUGAAGACCUCUAGAGAAAAGGUGGCUCUGAUUAUCAUUUGACCUGUGUCCCUCCUGUGUCCUCUCUGGGCCCUGGCUGCAGCAAACCUGGUUUCUUUGGUAAAAUCAGAGAAUAUGAGGACAUUCAUGCGUGUCCCCACUCCCCAUCCAUCCACUCCACUGGUGCCCAUAGACCACCACCAGGAACAGGACGGCCAGCAGGACCCUUUGCCCCAUCUCAUCAGAGAAACUAGGAAGGGCCUUCCAUAUGGUAGGCAAAUGCUCCAGCCCAACCACCAGUGCUACCCCACCCAGGGGUCUUUUUUAAUUAAUGUGAAGGAUUUUAUAUUUUAAACUGUAGAAAAACUAGAAGCCCCUCAGAAAUGAAGCUGCACAGGAAUUGGAACAGCAACUCUAACCCAUGCGUAAUUCCACAAAAUUGUGUCUUCAACUAAAAAAAAAAAAGGCAAAUUUGGCUCUGGAGGAAAGAUUACAUUUACGUGUGUGCCUAAAUAGGGUCUAAUGUUAUGACUCUGCGUGUGUGUGUGUGUGUGUGUGUGUGUGUGUGUGUGAGAGAGAGAGAGAGAGAGAGAGAGAGAGAGAGAGAGAGAGAGAGUUUUCCUCAGAAUUUUCAGAACCUAAUCUGAUUCAGCCGUGUCUGCCACCACCUGUGUGCGCACAUAGUUCUUCUUCAGGAUGGAGGGAUGCCACGUCAAAUGCCAUGCUUUAUGGAUUCCCCAGUGCCAGGCAUGAGCUCACUGAGGAAGUUGCUGUGGAGAAGAAGGGGCUGCCCUGGUUGCCAGCUGGAGAGGUGCAGGCCCCCUGUCUGACCUGCUUGUGUCUGUGGCUGCUGGAAAGCUGCCUCCACCCAGACCUAGAACAAGGUUCCUAAGCCAGAGUUUUCCAGUUUCUAAACAACAGCCAUCCUGCCACCAAUAAAACCAGAACUUGUGUAUCGUGUCUGUGUGUGUGUGUGUGUGUGUGUGUGUGUGUGUGUGUGUGUGUGUGUGUGUGUGUGUGUGUGUGUGUGUGUGUUUGUUCAGGAGCCCAAGCAAACCUUCCCAAAGGCACUGAGCUGGCUAACCAAAGGGAGUGGCUAGAUUCAGAAAGAGCCAGGCAGGCUCCGGAUGUACAGCCACACCAUCCUGACUGUGCCUGAGCUCAGAGCCAGGGAGGCCGAGGUCGAGGAGAGAAAGUAUUUUCUGAGCAGAAUAGUUCAUUGUAUACCUCAUUUUGCAGAAUCAUAGUUGCCUUGACUUUACACACAAAUCUUUUUAAAAACAUUAAAAAAAAAAAAAAAAAAAAAAAAAGCAAGCUAGGCAGUGUUGGUGCGUGCCUUCAAUUCCAGCUGAUAAAAGUUGAAGGCCAGCCUGGUCUACAGAGCUAGUUCCAGGACAUUCAGGGCUACCUUCUAUCCUGAGAAACAAAAGCAAAACCAAAAAACCGAAAUUAAAACUAGCUGUGUCUGUAACUGAACCAGCCUGUUUCCCUGUAAAGCCAUCCAAGUAGAUCCCAAAUGAUUUUCAGGUGGUCCUGUAGCCCAAAGGACAGAGAGAAAUGAGUCAGAGACGCUUCAGAGCUGGAGUAGGCAGCCUUUUUAGUCAGUAUUUAUUUAGACUGGGGACAGUGGGUGGGAGGCAGCACUUGGUAAUGCGUGCAAGUUGCUACUUUCAGUCUCCUGCACUAGGAAAAACAAAACCACACGUUGCUUGGUUGGUAGUGUUUGUUUGUUUGGUGAUGUUUUGGGAGGAGGCCCCCCGCUGGCCUCUAACUCUGUGAUGUUCCCAUCCUAGUUUCCCCAAACUGCUGUUACAGAUGGGUGCUACCAUGCCUGGCCAACAGUCAGGGUUUUACUUAGGGUAUUAAAUAGAGGAAUGCAGAUCUUGUGGAAGUUUAUGAAGGUCUACAGUUUUCUGUGCUCCUUUUUUUUUUGUUGUUUUUUUAAAUGUAAUUAUACCUCAAUUUAGAAUGUGUUAGAAAAAAAGUCCUUAUUACUUGGAAUCAGAAUAAAUUUGAGUACAGCCAUGGAUGCAAAUGACAUGAUAGUACCAACUCUGCCACCAACAACCAGCUGUAUGCUGGGAAGGCAUUUAACCUUUGACUUGUGACCUCCAUUCUGUUCUACAAAAGCAAGUACCAGCAACUAGGCUGCGCAAGUGUUUUCAAGUGUAGGGUAGGCUUUCUCAUUUUUUUAAAAAGUUGUGUGCUGCGAAUCAAACUCAGCAUCUUUCCGCAUGCUAAGCAAGCACUUGGCUCAGAGCUUUCCCUAGUUCCACUUUUUAGCAUCUCUUAAUUGGGUGGGGUGUGGCAUUACAUACCUUAGAUUCACACAUAGGAGGCAGAGGCAGGCAUACCUCUGAGUUCAAGGCCAGCGUGGCCUACGGAGUUCAGUCCAUCCAGAGCUAAGGAGUAAUACCCUGGCUCAAAAACGGAGGCAGAAGAAACCUCUUAAUUGCCUAAGUAAAGCACUGGGGAAUUUUCCUCAAUGUAAAGGCCUGCUGUUGAAUGGAAGACACUCUGAUGCUGUGACCCUCUGACCUGCCUAUGGCCUCAGUUAUACUAGUGAUGGGGGGAGGGGAGGGGGACUUUUGUGUUAAUCUAGCAGCCUGGGGACUCUGGUGUGGAUUUGCUGUUUUGCCCUUAUUCGGAUGAGUCAGCAAGGGUUAGGAACCAACCUUUCAAAUCAAGUCUGAUUGGCACUGCUUUCCGGUGUCCAAGUGUGGCAGAGGCUGGGGGGUUGGGGGGCGGGGGGGAGGCAGAGGCGGAAAGUCACUCCAAGUAGGAACCCAAACUGCCAGACAUUGGUCUCAAGUACACGUCCCUUGAAACUGGCCGUAUUCCCAAGGGAAGAGCUCACAAUGGAAACAGUGGUGGGCAUCUGUCCAGGCAGCCAGGAGAAUGAGAUGCGCUUUGAACCCAGAGGUGUCUCGAAGGGAGGCACGGUGGGCCCCUCAGCAGUGAAACCAACCUGGCCACUGGGCGGUAUCACAGAGCCCUUUCCCAGCUCUGUCUUCCGUUCAGCAGCAGGCCUUUACAGUGAGCCUGUGGGGGAACUGCUGAGGAAAUGUACCCGGAGGUAUCCCCGAUUCUCUGGACAGCAGAUGAAUGCUUAGCCUUGGGUGCCGUCUGCCUCGAGUUGGGUUUCGUUGAGAAGAAAAGUGUUUCUUGAAGUCUUAGGACCCUGCUCCUUCCAGAUAUUUAUAUUCAUUCCUCCUAUACACAGGUUCAGCAUCUUCCUGGUUUUGGUUUUAUUUUUGCCUCUUGUGAGAACUGUCCUUCCCACUGGUAUCUUCCUGCAGUAAUAAUGUUGUUCAGCUAACCACUGCUGUCAGGAAUGUCUCUCUAUAGAAGCUUAUCAGUAACUCCUGUAUUGGGAGACUGGCCAGGCAGAGGAGGAAGGGAGAGAAAAGAGCUCUGCUGGGAACAUUCAUAUUACCUUCCAAACUCUACUUGAAAGCCCAGCUCUGCCUUGAUGUCUGUCUCCUUCUGCAGUUCUUAGGUCGUGAUCCUAACUCCCCAUAUGACAGUGGUAGCACAUGACAGAAUCUUUGAGGGAGAUCAGGCAGAGCCCUCAGGAAUGGGAUUGGUGUGAUGCCAUAAUGGUACCUGCCCUGUCCAAGGACAGCCUGGGUCAUACAAGACUCUGCCUCAAUAAAAUCAAUAAAUACCUCAGAAAGAUCCCCACCAGUUACAACGUAGUUAGAAGAUGACCAUCGAGAAACAGGGAUUGUGUCUCGCUAAUUAAUCUGUUAAUUAACCCACAUAUUAACUAAUUAAUACACAUAUUUAAUCUGUUCUUCCUGGCUUCCAGACAUAUGAGGGAUCAAUCUGUUGUUUAUGAAGCACCUCCCUUACCAUAGUUUAGUAUAACAACUAACCAGAUUACGAUAAGGGCCAUAGCUGCGGGGGAGGGAGGGCUCACACCUUUAACACCAGCACUCAGGAGGCAGGAACAGGCAGAUCUCUGAUUUAAAGGCCAGCCUGGUCUACAGAGCAAGUUCCAGGACAGCCAGGGCUACACAGAGAAACACGGUCUCAAAAAAUUAGGUAGGUAGGUAGAUAGAUAGCCACAGGAAUUUAGUUUUUUGCUUGAAAUACUUCAGAAUUCUAAAACAAUGGAGUAUAAAAUUGGUGCAAGGCUCACAAACCCAAUUUUCAAGAAACCAAAACUCACGUUAAACUAGAGUGUACUUCAUGCCCAAAGCAGACCCAUUCUAGACCCAUGCUAGAUCUAAAGCAUACGUACAUUCCUGUGGAAUAUAUACAAGGGCAGGCCUCCUCCCCAUCUAACCUAGCAGACCCCCGGUGAGUCUGGCACUGGGUUAGAGUGGAAUGUGGCCCUAGGAUGUACUGGUUUAGGAUCCUAGGAAGGUAAUCAAUCAUCCUCAGAGUGUCAGAAUCCUCGCGCACUGGCAUCGGGGCUGGGAGGGUGAAAUUCGGUCAUAUACAGCACAGGUUUGAGAGGAGGGCUGUCUCCUGCACUGACAGUGAUUUGUGCUUGGGAGCUUCCAGUCUGGGUCUGCCCUUCAGCUCAGAAGCAACUGUGUCCAAUCUGCUGUCUAGACUUACAGAGCUAAAAGCUUACCCUCAGUGGAAGCCUACUGGACAAACCUGGUGGUGGAGGCAGGUGCCUGCAUGCUGGUGGGCGCUGCUCUGCCCACAUCUGCUUCACUCUAGGACCCAGCAAGACGUACUGAAGCCACUGAUGACAGACCUACAUGUAUCCUCCUACUUAACUCUGUGGCUUUGUCACCCAGCCACCCACAAGGAUUUUGUUUUGUCAGUUUCUUUCUCCUUGAGAAGGAGAAAUGGCUGCACUUUUUAAACUUUUCUAUGACCCGGUCCAAUGUAGAAUUUUUUUUAAAAUAGAAGCAUUUUUUUUUCAUUGAUUAUUCACUUUAAGGCCAGAUCACAGGCCCCUCCAUCCUCCCAGCCCCACCCUCAAACCUCCUCCCCCAAGAGGAGCAUUUCUAUUGGCUGCCUCCAAAUGCUGCUCAGAAGAACUCCUCAGAAGGCAGGGAUGAGGGAAAGGAGAGGGGUGUGAGCUCUGUAUCUGAGGUCUGGGAAGACGCACGCUCUCCCCACGAUGCUCCUUAGCUCUAGAAGAUGACGGACCCGUUGACUUCGCAGGGAACACAGCACAGUGGGAGGCGACUGUGAUGGAAGCCAGUGCCCAGCGGAGGGGAGGACACAGUAACCUUGGGUGGUGUGUUCUAGGGUACCUGCCUUCCCGGAAGGCUCAGGGACUAGCAAGUGGCACAUAUGGGAGUUCUGAGGGGAAGCAUGUAAGGUAGAGGGCAUCCUAUAAGGGUAGAGAUGCGGACAGAACAUGACAGAGCCCAGGCGGGUUUGGGAGGAUGCUGACUGUGCAUCUGAGUCAUCCUGCAAGGGACAAUGGCUUUAGCCUGCCAGCUCAGCGCUCUGGAGACUUGGGGAGAGGUCAUGGGAUAGACAUUACUCCUCGGGAGCUCCUUGUCCUCUAUACCAAAGAUACAGGACAGAGACGACAGCCAGGAGGCCAGGAUUUUAUGGUGUAGCAGGGGCCAUAGAGCAGUAAUUGGAAGAUAACUGGUGAGGUGCAGGCAGUGGUGGCUUGAGGGAACUGACAAGUUCACUGAAAGACUCCAGGUCACUGGCUCAGAGGUACUGGCUCAUCAGUGUUUAGUACAGGUUGGUGUAGCAGAGGUACUUGCAGAUCAGUGUUUAGUACAGUAGUGUCCACAGGAGCAGAGUGAUGAAGCAACCUCAGUGUCCAUUAUUUUCAGCCAUUAAAAAACAACAAAAAUUUAUACCAUGUGCAGGAUGGUGGGUACAACUGGGAAUAAUAAUAAUAAAAAAUUAGUUCAGGGCUUUCUCUCAUUUGUGGGAAAAUUUGUGUUUCUAUACAGCACAGUUGCCUCCCACUGUGCUGUAUAGAAACACAAAAUCACACACAUAUGUGUAGAAGCAAAAGUGGGAGAACAAAGAGACUAUGGUGGGGGGCAGGAGAGGACAAGGGGGUACACUCAACCUACUUUACAUACUUGCAUAAUAAAAUGACGUUUUUGUUUGUGUGCCCUGGCUGUCCUGGAACUCACUCUGUAGACCAGGCUGGCCUCAAACUCAGAAAUCCGCCUGCCUCUGCCUCCCAAGUGCUGGGAUCAAAGGUGUUGCACUACCACGCCCGGCUAAAUGACCUUAUUUAACCCAAUGAAAUGAAACAUGUAAGUGUUGGGUUUAUGGCCCAAGCCCAUAGGAUACUUACCACACAAACAGGAAGACCUGAGUUCAGUCUCCAGAACCCACAUAAAGCCAAGCAUGAUAAAACUAGGUGCGACUGUGCAUACCAGUAACCACAGCAACUAGGAAAACAGGAGGACCACCGGGCUCACUGGCCAGUAGGCAAAGCCUAAAGGGCCAGUCCAGGUCCCAGUGAAACACCCUGUCUCAAAAAGAGGUAAGCAGGACGUGGUGGCCCACGCCUUUAAUCCCAGCACUCUGGAGGCAGAGGCAGGCAGAUUUCUGAGUUCGAGGCCAACCUGGUCUACAAAGUGAGUUCCAGGACAGCCAGGGCUACAGAGAAACACUGUCUCGAAAAAAAACAAGAGGUGGAUAGCUCCUAAGGAGCUGAGGUGGCUGACCCUUGGCUGCCAUAUGUACAUGAGUACACACACACACACUCACCUGCAUGUACAUAUACAAAUUCAAAGUAACACAUUUACCAGGCAAGGCAAGGUACCAGCAGUGAUGGAGGAGACUGUAUGGAUGACUAGAUUUUCAGGCAUGUACCAUGUACCCCCAGCUUCUGUGCUGUUUAUAUUGUAAACACGGUCAGUUUCUCAUGUUCUACUCUGUAUCACACCAUAGCUUUGGGUUGUUCUGUUCUCAAGAGCCCACCAGACUGACCUCAGAUUCAUACCCGUCUCAGCCUUGGAGAGCUGGAUUAGUUCUUCAUUACUGCUACUACUGAUGUUGUCCUUUGUCUACUGGGCCUGGUCUCUCCCGCUUCGAGUAUCUUACAUUCCUUGUUAUUCUGGACUUUCUGGGGGACUUUUAUUGAAGUGGCAUUAAUGACACAUGUCUGAUGUGGCUGCAUCUUUACUCAGAUGCAAGUAUGCCGCAUCCUUUACUCCAGAUCUGUUUGUGCCUCCUUGCAAUACUGUUUGCUUAUUUUUCUCCUCAAAUGUCUGUGUUAAAUUUAUUUCUAAAUGUUUCUAGGUUUUGCUCCUGCCAGCAGUAAAACAUUUUUUUCUUUAA